AUCUUUGUUGUGCCGCCUGCAAUCUCUUCUGGCGUUGGGCUAGAUGUCAGUUCCCCUACUUACACUCGCGAGAACCAUAUCUCUGAUUCUUGUCUACAACGCAUACUGGCAUCAGUUCUUCCACCUCCUUGUCGACCUCCUACACCUCUCUCCUUGCCAUCUUCCACCCCGGCCCUCUCAGCGACUGGGCCUGGCCGGCCAACGGCCAGCAUCGCAACAGCUGCCGGUUCGAUUUCCCUUGCUUCGGGUUCUGGUAGGCCCGAAGCAUCACUCUCUGAAGUUGGCCUAUCCAGUUCAGGCGGGGACUCGAACUCGAACCAAGCAGAGGAUUCAAACCAGAUGAUUGUUUCUGCUGAGCAUGGACAGCAUAAAGUUGAACUUGAACGCACUGGUCCUGUGAUAAGCAUCAAUGCCUGGCUGAUGCCGGCCCAACUGCAUUCCAUAAUCAAUAAGUGUCGUUUCCAAUUCCCAGAUCCCAGGCUUAUACAGUACGACUGUGGUACGUUAUAG